GGUCCGCUAAUACGCCAUUACAUUGAUUUGAUCUGUUUCUGUGCAUCAGAUCAGAAUAAUCUCAGCGUUGUAAAUGUCGGAAGCCCCGCCCAGGGUAUGUGCAGUGCUGACGUGCAUGGGUGCCUCACGUGACUCCUCUGGAAUGUUAACGAUGCAGUAAGUGUCCAACUUUGUACUGCAUUCUAAUUCUGCCAUGAGUGGCGAGAAAAUGGAGGACAAUCCCAUUAUUUUCACUGUGUGCUUUUCAUGAGAGGACAUCGAAAGGCAAUCCCUGGGCAACAAAACAUCAGAUACAUAGUUUACAACUUUACUCAAGUCUAAACCAGUUCCUUGGACUAAGGUACCACUUAAAUCACAUGAUGUUGUCCUUGUGAUGCAAGGCUUGGAAUGGAAGGCAUGGAAAUCAGAAUGGAUUAAAAAUAAGACUACAUCUCCUCUAGUCUUGGCAUAGCAUUUAAGCACCAGCAUCCCAAAAAUAUGUUUAUUCAAAAACCUAAAAGAUGCAUACAAGACUGGGAUGGAACAAGCAUGCAGACGUAACCCCUCACAUGUCUUGGGAGGAGGGGGAGUGUGAGCCUUGAAAGGGGUACUGGGAUGUGAGUGGGCCAGCAUCCAGCAAGAGCCAGAGCCAAAGAGGCAGCAGCAAUAAAGACGAGCAACAGCAGGAUUUCUGAUCUUUCCUUGCAUCUUUCCCACUGCAGGCUGUUAUCUGUUUAGGUCAAACAACUCAGAACUGCAGCUGUGUGUGUUUUGUUGUUUGUGUGAGAGUACUUGGCUUUGGAGUACGUGACAGCCAGGCCAGUUCACCCAUGAGGCCCAAGACCUUCCCUGCUGCCCCAUACGUGGGCAACACACGCCAACGUCUGCAGGAGAUCAAGGAGGGACUGAAACAACCAGCAAAGCUGGUGAGCCAGGCGCUUCAUGGAGGCAAUGCCCGAGGGGAGGGGGGCAGAGGGGGUGAUUCUAAGGGCAAAGACCAAGCUGGUAGGCAACAGCAGCUCCGGCCACCCCAGAAGUUCAACAACUACCAAAAUGCCCUACGUGAGAUUCGCAAGUCUCUGAUGCCCUUUGCCAAUGAGUCAGGUCCAGGAUCCAGCUCGGUGCACCCUGGUGAAGUAAACAGACAGAUGCUGCAGGAGCUUGUCAAUGCUGGUUGUGAUCAGGAAAUGGCAGUGCGUGCCCUAAAACAGACUGGGAGCCGUAACAUCGAGGCAGCAUUGGAGUACAUAAGUAAAAUGGGUUACCUGGACCCACACAAUGAACAGAUUGUACGUGUCAUCAAACAGACAUCCCCAGGGAAAGGUGGCAUGUCAAAUUUGAUGGACCACAGAUCAGCAAUGGAGGGCACUGGGGAAGGUGCCAUGACCCCUUAUCACCAAAUGGGGACACCACUAUAUGAAGGAGCUAGUUAUGCGGCUGAGGGUGAGAUGGCUCGAGCAUACAUGGGUGGACCACCUGUCAUGAACUACAUGACACCACCUGCCAACUCUGCACAGUGUCCUGCCAUGGGAAACCCAAUGGGUCGUCCUGCCAGUAUGGGUGCCUACUCCACAGGCAUGGCUCCCCAAAAUAACCCUGGGAACCCUAUGUACACCUCUGGUCCAGCCCAGCAAAAAGGCUACCCUGGUGGGAUGGACCAGGCUGUGAUGGGCUACAGUGUGCCUGGACCACCCAUGCAAAUCCAGGCUCAGCCUCCAGGAGGCCCUGGCCCUCAUUAUGACUAUAGGCCUCAUAUGAUGGAGCCUUCCAGCUAUGGAGUCAAACGGAGUGCUUCCUUCCAGAACAAGAUGCCUCCGCUCGCACCAGACAACUAUGUUACUAUGCCAAGCAAAGGAACAAUGGGCCAAAAUGGUGGUGGCUACCCUCCCAACUUAUAUCUGGCACCACAUUCGCACCCACGCCAAGCCAGCCCUACCACACACCAGGUUCACAUGAUGCCACGUCCCCCUGGUGUAGCCACUGGAGCAAUGGGUGGGGAAUUCUCAGAUGUUCCUCAAGGCCUUCUUACUCCUUCCAGGGCCAGUCUGAACCUUGACCUGUAUGAGCAUCAUUGGCCAGGAGCCCAAGUUCCUGAGGGGACUUCUCCAGCUAGGCAGCCACAGGGGCCGUUUAGAGGCGAGGUACGUGUCCCUAGUAGAACCAAUUCUUUCAACAACCAUCAAAAGGUGACUGUGAGGCAGGCAUUGCCUCCUACAGCAAGUGUUGCUGGCAAGCAGGAGGCACCUUUGGGUCCACCUAACACAAUCACAGCAGUAACAUCUCCACCAAUCCAGCCACCUGUUAAGAGUAUACGGGUCAUGAGGCCUGAGCCAAAGACAGCAGUGGGACCAUGCCACCCAGGCUGGCUGAGUGCACAAGCCCAAGAAGCAGCUGAGUCUCAUGGUUAUAUGCCAGAUGAGACUUUUACCCUGGAGCCUAACCAAGAACACCGCUGUCCUCCUCCACCUUACCCCAAAACACUGCUCCUGCCUGGUUCUGUACCUGGAGCUGAACCUGCAUCCCUUGAGUCUGGAGCCAUGGGUGGACUUCCAGAUGUCAGUGCAACAAGUAGAACUGUCCAGAGUGCCUCAGCAGGAAAGCAGGAGGAACCUGUUUCCAAAGACAAAGCGAAGGCAGGCAAAGGAGAGAAGGCUGUGAAAGAUAAGAAGCAGAUCCAGACAUCACCGGUUCCUGUGCGAAAGAAUGCCCGAGAUGAAGAGAAGAGGGAGUCACGCAUCAAGAGUUACUCUCCAUUCGCCUUCAAGUUCUACAUGGAGCAGCACGUGGAGAAUGUGAUGAAGACCUACCAGCAAAAACUCAACCGCAGGAUGCAGCUGGAGCAAGAGAUGUCCAAGGCUGGCCUGUCAGAAGCAGAGCAGGAACAGAUGAGGAAGAUGCUGUACCAGAAGGAAUCCAACUACAAUCGACUGCGACGCGCCAAGAUGGACAAAUCUAUGUUUGUCAAAAUCAAGACGCUAGGCAUUGGGGCGUUUGGUGAGGUGUGCCUUACACGCAAAUUGGACACAGGGGCUCUCUAUGCCAUGAAGACUCUACGAAAGAAAGAUGUUCUGAACCGGAACCAAGUAGCCCAUGUGAAAGCAGAACGGGACAUCUUGGCAGAAGCUGACAAUGAGUGGGUAGUCAGGUUGUACUACUCAUUCCAAGACAGAGACAGCCUGUACUUUGUCAUGGAUUACAUUCCUGGAGGAGAUAUGAUGAGCCUACUGAUCCGGAUGGGGGUGUUCCCAGAGCCCUUAGCCAGGUUCUAUGUGGCAGAACUGACGCUAGCCAUUGAGAGUGUACACAAAAUGGGCUUCAUUCACAGAGAUAUCAAACCAGACAACAUUCUCAUUGACCUGGAUGGACACAUCAAACUGACUGACUUUGGUCUGUGUACUGGGUUCCGUUGGACUCAUAACUCAAAGUAUUACCAAAAAGGGAACCAUAUCCGGCAGGAUAGUAUGGAACCAAGUGACUUUUGGGAUGAUGUGUCUAACUGCCGUUGUGGUGACCGCCUGAUGACUUUAGAACAGCGGGCGACUCGACAACACCAGCGUUGCCUGGCACACUCUCUGGUGGGCACUCCUAACUAUAUUGCCCCUGAGGUGCUUCUGCGCAAAGGCUACACACAGCUGUGUGACUGGUGGAGUGUGGGAGUAAUCUUGUUUGAGAUGCUGGUUGGCCAGCCACCCUUCCUUGCUCCAACCCCAACAGAGACACAGCUUAAGGUGAUAAACUGGGAGAACACCCUGCAGGUGCCACCACAAGUGAAGCUGAGCCCUGAGGCGGUUGACAUCAUUGGUCAGCUCUGCUGCUCAGCGGAAGUGCGUUUAGGGGGCAACGGGGCUGGAGAGAUAAAAGCUCACCCAUUCUUUUCUGAGAUGGAUUUCUCCAGUAAUCUUCGCACACAGCCUGCCCCCUACCGACCCAAGAUUGCCCACCCUAUGGAUACAUCCAACUUUGAUCCCGUGGAGGAGGAGGGCGGUCCAGGGGCCUGGAGCGAUAGUGGGGACAGCACCCGCACUUGGGACACCCUCUGUUCUGCUCAUGGCAAACACCCCGAGCACGCCUUCUACGAGUUCACCUUCCGCAGGUUUUUUGAUGAUAAUGGUUGUCCAUUCCGUUAUCCCAAGCCCCCAGAAGCGAAGCAAGACCUGCCCUCUAGUGGUGAGGGCAGUAGCUUGAAGUCUGAGUUGGAGGAGGAAGAGGUUCGUGAAGAGGAAGAACAAGGGGAAGGGUGUGAGCCGGUUUAUGUGUGAGACUGUUAGAAUGGGUGUUCAUGUUGCUCUGCCUUUACCCAUACAGGGCUUUACCAGUUAAUAGGCUGCAUCUCCUACCCUUCUUUUAAGCCGUACUUUCUCUUCAGGGUGUACUUUUGUACGUUAAAGAAAUGGAAGAACACGGAGAACAACAGAAACAGUGCGUGCAAUGUUCCAUGUGAAAUUUUUUUAUUCCUCCAAAAUCAUUAUGCAGUAUCCUUUUGCCUGAGAGAAGCACUGACCUUGCGACCAAGGAAAUGCACAAGAUAUAAAGCAAGAUAUAUUCCAGGGGAUGAUAGUGUGAUUGAUAAAUUUGGCUGCUUUCUUAUGAGAGCACAAAAAAACAGAGACGUGUUGCUGCUGCUCUGUGGUUUGUCAGUCAAACCAAUCUACUCUUGUGUUUAGUGUGGUCUGUGUCAAUGGUUUCCCAUUCCUUUAUUCCACUGGGUAAAAAUACCCCAGUGAUAAUUAAAAAAAAAAAAUGUCCUUCACCUCUCUCAGCCAGGUGAUGCUAACACAGCCAUUCCGAAUACCAGAGAGGCCAUGGUGAGGGAUCAGAAGAAAUUUUGGCUUGGGGUAGUGGCCUAGUAAUUAGGAAAUUAAGUCAGAGAGCAGACUGAUGCAUAGUGUUAUCCUCCACCACAACGCAAUCCCACAAAAAAAUAUAAAUGCAACAUGCAAAAACAUUGUCAGUCAAAGCUGUGGAGGUUCAUUGAGUGUUUUAUUUUUAAUCACUCAUAAAAUCAUUAGCCAGAUUUUCAAAUAUGGGAUCUUGGCUAAUUUGUCUAAAAAAAGAUUUAAAUGUUUGAGAUCAUUUUGUGGCGCCACCAAGUGGCUCAAAGUGACACUGUAGAGAAUCAUGCUUUUUGAAGGUCCCACAUUAUGGACUGAAAUGAAGUCACUUCUUUAUAUAUGUAUCGUGCUAAGUCAGUCAGAAAGAUCACACUAUAUUUGGCAGUUAAAUACACUAAUCACAGUAUUUUGUAAAUAUUACAGAUAUACUUCAUUUUAUGUUUCAUGCCUUAUCAGGUUACAUGGUGUUCUAAGAAGUGAUAAGUAUUGAGACAAAAUAUUCUAUACGUACAGCCAGCACUUUGUGAACAUGGGUUCUUAAAAACGCCCAUCAUUAUUAAAGGUUUGAAAGUAACAUCUGUAAAAUAUUUCAGCUACUAUUAAUUUAGAGCUGAAUAAUUGCAUGUUGAAACAUGAAGUUUGUUGAUGCCACAAAAAUUGGAUUAUAAUAUAGAUUUUGCAAUCUGGAAAAAUUUAAGUGGAAAAGUGAACUAAUUCUUGCUUUCUGCUCACUUGCCAGCAAUCUACAGUCACAUUUGUGAAAAUAAUCAUGCCAUGAUGCAGUUUACUAAAAUCCCACCAGGUGUGUUAGUUUAGUUGUAUUGCUUUGUUCUACGAAGAUUUUAAUUUGACACUUCUCUUGCCUGGCUUUAUUUAACUUGUUUAAAAGCUUGCAUUACAAAACCUGUUACCAGUUAUAGCUAGUUAUAUUAUAUACAGAUCACAAAUCAUGUGUUGUUUUUAGAGUUGUGCUUUCUCAGACUGCCACAGACACAGUGGCCAUGCAGCUGGCUAUCCGGAGCAAUGCCGCAACUUUACACUUUUUCUUUUUUAACUUUUUAACAAAUCUGAGAAACAAUACAAGAGCUUAACACUUUAAAUGCUUCACAUUGUUUAACUCUGUCUCUGGCUUUAUUCUUAACCUGUUGCUCAAAACAUCUUAAUUGCAUUCAGUUUCAUAGAAGGUCUUAAAAGUCAGGGUGACUUGUUUUUGUUGUUUGUGUGUUCAUCCUCAUCCAGAUCCACUGGAAGUAAUAUUGUCUGUCACCAUCAGUGAACUUUUUCAACAAAUUUUGCUGAACGCUUGUGCAAAAUGUGUUGACAUCAAGGCUGCAGCACCAUCUCAAUGGAUGAUCACACACAGCACAGUAUUAUAACAAGUCUAUGGCUGAAAUGUAAAGAAUUCUUUUGAGGCAGUUGUAGAUAAUCUUUAGAAAACAGUGAAAAAUGUGGCGAAAGAAAAGGCAAAUGUGUCUGGUAUGAAUAUGUGCAAUACAGAAAAUGCAUUAUAUAGUUUUCUAAAUACAACAAAUAGCCUUUAUAACUUUAAACUGAAUUAUGCUAUGUAAAAGUAUAUAUUAUAUUGAAUUAUACAUUCAUUUUAGUUUUAUGACCCAAUGCUGCUUGUUGUUGUUGUUGUUAUUAUUAUUAUUAUUAUUAUUACAAUAUAAAGUACAUUAUCAUAAUACUUUUAUUCUCUGUGUAUAAAGUGUGGAAUUGAUUGUCAGUAUGAAUGGUCUGGUGUAAGAUGAUGACUUGUGUGCCUUCUAAUGAAUCUGUGGGUGUGUCCACCAUGUGCUGAUUAGUAUUUCAAGAUGUGGAAUACCUCUUCUUGCUCUCAGGCUGGUCCUGACUGUAAGAGAGGGCUAGUUUGAGAAAGAGAAAAAAAAGAAGCAAGAAUGAAUGCUUGUCACUAAGAUUCUGAAGGAGAUGUAUGUGAAUGCCAGGGCAGGAUGGAUAUUGAAAUACAUAUGUAUGCAUGGUUUGCUCAAUGAUAAGACUGACAGUUGUUUUGAAGUCCAUUUAAUAUUGUUUUUAUGUGAUCUAAUCAUUUGUUAUGAUUAUGGGUCACUGCACAAUAUGUUCUCUGUAUUAAUUAUCUCAAGCUUACUGACAAUCAUGUCGUUAUGUGCCUGCAUUAGACCAAACUGAGAUGUCAAGUCAGUAUUGUUAAAUUAUCCCUUACGACCACUUUAAAACAACAUAUGAUUUUUAUAUAUAUAUAUAUAUAUAUAUAUAUACACACACUAUAUUGCCAAAAGUAUUCGCUCACCUGCCUUUAGACGCAUAUGAACUUAAGUGACAUCCCAUUCUUAAUCCAUAGGGUUUAAUAUGACGUUGACCCACCCUUUGCAGCUAUAACAGCUUCAACUAUUCUAGGAAGGCUUUCCACAAGGUUUAGGAGUGUGUUUAUGGGAAUUUUUGACCAUUCUUCCAGAAGCGCAUUUGUGAGGUCAGACACUGAUGUUGGACGAGAAGGCCUGGCUCACAGUCUUCGCUCAAAUUCAUCCCAGAGGUGCUCUAUCGGGUUGAGGCCAGGACUCUGUGCAGGCCAGUCAAGUUCUUCCACAUCAAACUCGCUCAUCCAUGUCUUUAUGGACCUUGCUUUGUGCACUGGUGUGCAGUCAUGUUGGAACAGGAAGGGGCCAUCCCCAAACUGUUCCCACAAAGUUGGGAGCAUGGAAUUGUCCAAAAUCUCUUGGUAUGCUGAAGCAUUCAGAGUUCCUUUCACUGGAACUAAGCGGCCAAGCCCAGCUCCUGAAAAACAACCCCACACCAUAAUCCCCUCUCCACCAAACUUCACAGUUGGCACAAUGCAGUCAGACAAGUACCGUUCUUCUGGCAACCGCCAAACCCAGACUCGUCCAUCAGAUUGCCAGAUGGAGAAGCGUGAUUCGUCACUCCAGAGAACGCGUCUCCACUGCUCUAGAGUCCAGUGGCGGCGUGCUUUACACCACUACAUCCGACGCUUUGCAUUGCACUUGGUGAUGUAUGGCUUGGAUGCAGCUGCUCGGCCAUGGAAACCCAUUCCAUGAAGCUCUCUACGCACUGUUCUUGAGCUAAUCUGAAGGCCACAUGAACUUUGGAGGUCUGUAGCGAUUGACUCUGCAGAAAGUUGGCGACCUCUGCGCACUAUGCCCCUCAGCAUCCGCUGACCCCGCUCUGUCAUUUUACGUGGCCUACCACUUCGUGGCUGAGUUGCUGUCAUUCCCAAUCGCUUCCACUUUGUUAUAAUACCACUGACAGUUGACUGUGGAAUAUUUAUGUAGCGAGGAAAUUUCACGACUGGACUUGUUGCACAGGUGGCAUCCUAUCACAGUACCACGCUGGAAUUCACUGAGCUCCUGAGAGCGGCCCAUUCUUUCACAAAUGUUUGUAGAAGCAGUCUGCAUGCCUAGGUGCUUCAUUUUAUACACCUGUGGCCACGGAAGUGAUUGGAACACCUGAAUUCAAUUAUUUGGAUGGGUGAGCGAAUACUUUUGGCAAUAUAGUGUACAUGUCUCAGUAUGACCCUCCUUAAAGGUAAAUGACAUUUUAAAAAGUACACUAAGGAGAAAACUUAUGAUGGUGUGCCAUUUGUAUAUAAAAACCUAAACUCAUCCCUUUGGUCCAAAGUUCAUUGAGCUUAAUGGAGUGUGACAGCAUGUGUGGCCAAUGUUUUGCAAACCUAUAUUCAUCAGUAUGGACCACUCAGUGAAAAAAACAUUAGUUUUUUUAUGAAUCUCUCAGAGUCAGGUAUAAGGUUUGAAUGUAAUGUGUGUGCUGUGCUUAGGAUGGAUUCUCUUGUGUUUUACUUUUGAAAGUGUUGACUGACAAUCUUUAGAAGUGUGUGAUGAUGGGACUUUUCUUUAAUGUAUGUUUUUAUAUUUUAACGGAAAAAUGGGUUGGGACUUUUUGACGUUUGUAAUCUUCUAAAUGUAUUAUACAAUAUUGUUACUAGUGAACGUAUAUUUAUACAGAUCUACAUAUUUUUUGUAUCCUUAAUUCUUAUUUUUUUCUCUUUUCUAAGCUAACUUUUGAACCCCUACAUGUCUACAGUAUUACAGACAGUAUGCAUUUGGAUUUAUCUCAUUUUUACAUGAAUGAAUUAAGAAUGUUUAAGAAAUGCUUUCACUGUCUUCACGUGUAAAUGUAUAUGUCUAAAUUAAAUGAAACAAAUCAUCCA